CCUCUGUGCCUUCCUCACUUUGUAACUCUGCACUUUCUCUCGUGUCUCUUCUUCUCCACCUUCACUUUCUUCACAAAACACAUCAAAAUCUCAAAUUUUCCUCUUAAGUUUCAACCACACCAUCAAAUUAAUCUCCGAUGAUGCCCCAUCAGCAAGAAAACGCUGUUACACCUGACAAUCCAGCAAUCCCCAACCGCCCGGAGAACAGCUCCGUCCACGCCGAACCACCGUCGUCCGCCGCCAAUCACAUUCGCAACACCAAUAAUUCUCACCAACACCCACAACCAAAUAUUUCACCGCCCAGAUUUUCUGUUCUUCGUCAAUCCCUUCCCCCAGUUACCCUCAAAUUUGAGGAUGUUACUUACAGCAUAACUUUUGAAAGGGACAAGAAUGGUUGCGUAUCUUCUCCAAAACAAAAACACAAAAGGACAGUGUUGAAUGGUGUCACUGGUAUGGUGGGGCCAGGGGAGGUGAUGGCAAUGUUGGGUCCAUCAGGUAGUGGCAAGACCACUUUACUCACUGCCCUCGCCGGCCGGCUCACCGGAAAACUAUCCGGUGCCGUAACGUAUAACAACCACCCUUUCUCAAGCUCCAUGAGGCGCAACAUAGGUUUUGUGUCCCAAGAAGAUGUGUUGUAUCCUCACCUCACCGUGAUUGAGACUCUAACUUAUGCUGCCAUGUUGAAGCUUCCGAGAAGUUUGACAAGGGAAGAGAAAAUGGACCAAGCUGAGAUGAUCAUCCAGGAGCUAGGGUUGUCCCGGUGCCGAAACAACCUCGUUGGUGGUGGCGCAGCCGUUUUCCGGGGGAUUUCCGGCGGGGAGCGAAAGCGGGUCAACAUAGGACAAGAGAUGUUGGUAAACCCGAGUUUGUUGUUGCUCGAUGAGCCAACAUCCGGGUUGGACUCCACCACCGCCCAACGCAUCGUGGCAAUGCUUCAUAGUCUUGCUCGAAGCGGUCGAACGGUGGUGACCACCAUUCACCAACCUUCGAGCAGGUUGUUUUGGAUGUUUGACAAGGUGUUGUUGUUGUCGGACGGGUACCCGCUUUUCACCGGGCAAGCAUGUCGGGCCAUGAAUUAUUUUGAGUCCAUCGGGUUUGUGCCCACUUUCAAUUUCAUCAACCCGGCUGAUUUUCUGCUUGACCUUGCUAAUGGUAUAGUUGUUGAUGUCAAAGAAGAUGAACAUUUAGAUCAUCAUGAGGAUCAAGCUUCAAUCAAACAAUUUCUAGUUUCAUCGUAUANUGAUGUGAACGAGUUGUUUCACCACACACGGGGCAGGUCCCCCAAGAUGUUCGACAUCAAUACAUGUAUUCAGAUGGUCAAGUCCAGAGGGGUGAACUGUAUGACUUAG